AUGUCUAUUCAAAUAAAAUCUAUCAUACCUUCUCAUAAACCUCUUCCAGCCCUUCCAACAGAAAAUGGAGAUUCACAAGAGAUUAUAAAAAAGUCAAAACUAACUUCUGCUAACCUUCCUCCAUUACCACAAUCUAACGAUUUAAUGUUAGAUAGUAGUUCACUUGGACACAUUCGAAAACUUUUAAGGCAAAUUUUAAAUAAUUGCAAUUUAGCUAUUGAUCCUUGGGAAUCAGUAAUUCUGGGAAUUAUACUUGAUAUUUCUGGAAUUGUAACUAGAGUUGUCGAUGGUUUACCAACAAGCCCGACUUCUUCUGUCAAUCCUGCUAACGAAAAAUCUGUAUUAGGAUCAAAUUCCGGAUCAGAAUUUAAUCAUAACUCUCUAGAAAAAUUCGUCAUCAAUAUUAAAAAGGAUGAUAGUGGAAAACCAACAGAUUCACGAUUUAUUUUUAAUCAUUUUGAAGGCAUUCCUUUAUUUAAACAUGAAUUAGAUGAAGGGCUGGAUCCUUCCAAAGAGCCAAAAAAACGAUGGAUAGGUGGUACCAUCAUUCUUAAAUGCGCUAAGAAGAAUUGGGUAGACAAAAUAAUUGAACUUAUGGUUUUUGUUGUGUGCAAUCUAAAAUUGGAGAUGUGUUUGUAUCGGGAUCAUUCUAUUGUACGCGAUGAAGUUGAAGAUAUCCAGGAUGCUGAAGAGGUUAAAAACACAAUACGAUCUUCUAGACGUCGUUCAAAAUCGUCGUUAUUUGGAUGGUUAAUGAAGCAUACCAAUUUGCAAAAUACUAAAGAACAAACAAUUAAAUCCAAUGAGAAACGUGAGAAACAAGGAUCAUCUCUAGCUAGAUGGUCUACAAUAAGCAGGACUUCAUCGUAUAGCAAGGAUUCCAAUCUUUCAAUUAUUGACUGUGAUGAUGAUACGAUAAUGUUAACAACAAGCAAUUUUGCUAAAGUAAUUUCUCAAAUGGAAACUGCUAUUUUAUCUGUAUCUCCUGGAGUAAAAUUUCCACCUCCACAUUUGUUGACGAGAUUAGAGGAGGAAGAGACUAACACUCAUCCGAAUAACUAUGGUGAUAUAAGCAUAAAUUUUAAUACCGUUUUGGAUUCUAUUGAAAAAUAUCGAACUUAUGCACCAUUAUUCAAGUCUGGACAGGUAUCCCUAGAUUUUAAAACUGGUCUUUCGUACUUGAUGACUCAGAAUAGUAAUACACUUAAAGGCGUAUUUAAGCAUCAGUCAAUAUCGUGCUCAUAUGCCAGGUUCUGGUCACCAGAUUCACCUUCCCUUUGUCAUAAUCAUGAGAUUAUUACGAUGGACUAUUAUAAUAAGAAUAAUUCACACAUUGAUAAAUCUCUUGGUGAAGUUAUUGAUGAUAUUUGUGACAAAGCUUAUGAGACGUGUGAAGAUAAAACAUGUGAACACCAAGGAAUUGACCAUACAUCUACAUAUACACAUAACGAUGGAAGAAUAAGUAUAAGUCUUGUUGUUGAAGAAUCUUCAGAUCCUAAAUUGAAAGCUUUUAAUAAUCAAAUUGUUAUGUGGACUCAAUGCAAGUUAUGUUCUGAAAAAUCCUCUGUAUUUAUUAUGUCACGUUCAACGUACCUCUACUCCUUUGGCAAAUACCUCGAAUUAUUAUAUUAUAAUGAAGAUUUCACCUGUAAAAACUUAUGUCCGCAUGUUGAAUUGCGUUAUCCAUUAAUUCGGUGUUUUCGUAGAGGGAAUUUUAUUGUAAAAAUAGAAUACGAGCAUGUAGACCUUUUUGAGAUGCGAUUGCCAAAACUUCAAAUAUCUCUGGAUAAGCAAUCUGCAUCUUCUGUAAAAGAAGUCAAUCAACUUUUCUCAAUUGAUGAUGAAAAUUCAAAAAGAUUAUAUAAUGAAACGAGAUUGGAAAUUACCUAUUUUUAUCUUUCAGUAAAACGGCACAUUACUUCACUAGAAGAACAUUUUCGAUCUUUGCAUGUAGAACAGACCAAUAGCAAUGUUGAAGCUUCCAUGUCCGAAAAAAUUAUUCAUGCAAUUCAAACAUUGGAUGAACUUACAAGGAAUUUUUAUGAAGAAGAAUUUAAACUUUAUGAUCUAUUGAAAAAAGUAAAUGCAGCAAUUCUAAAUAAUGUCCGACGAAGUCUAGUAGAUCAUAUUAAGAAUACAAAAAAGCGAUUAUUUCAAUGGCAAAAGGAAAAUCUUGUUGAGUCAGAUAUAGCAAAAUUCAGUGAAAUUAAGUGGUUAGAACCGGAAUACUCAAGUUCUGACACAUGCUAUGUUUUUCCUGAGUCGCCCGUUAUAACUAGGGAAGAUGAACCAAGCUCUAUUAUUGCCUUUACGCUAAGUUCUCAAGGGUACUUAAAUGAAUUAUCAACGUUACGUGCUAAUAGCAGACGGAUAUCAUCACAGUCAGCCCCUGUAACUCCUGUCUCGGAGUUUCAUGCACCGACACCAUCAGCAUCCUUCUCCUUAUUACUUAGUUCAUUAAAGAAUCCGUCGUCAACAAAUGUCUCGUCAAAAAAUAGUAUUUCAAAUGAGUCUGAUAUAGAUGGUGACAAAUUUUCUGUAGAUGAAUAUUCCGUCAAAACAAAACGCAAGGUCAUGGAUUAUGGACUUGGUGAUAAAAUUUCCUAUAGCAUUGAAUCUCUUGGGUCGAUUAAACCAUUUAAUUUAUCUUUAAACAAUAAAGAUAAAAAGAAAGAUUCCGAGAAGGAUGCAGAAAAAAGUGCUUCCCAACGAAAUGGAAAGUUUCCAAAUCUUUUCGGAGGCAAUCAUAAUGAUUCAGAAAAAGUUAAAGAUGUCGAAAAUGAAAAGCAAGUUAUUAAUGAAAAACAAGAACAUGAUACGGUAAAGGAUGUAAAAUUUGUGAAACCUGAGAUUAACAUUGUCGAAACCCCAGAUGAGUUAAAUGAAAAAGAGUACUCGAAGAUUAGGGAUGAUAGAUCUGCUCCUACUUCAUGGAAUCGAAAAACUCAAAAAGAAGCUGACAGCCCACAUAUAAAACAUAAGGCCAUUCGUGGAAACAAAAAAAUCACAUGCACAGUGUACUUUGCAGAACAAUUCGAUUAUUUACGGCGUAGAUGUGGAAUCGAGGAUAUUUAUGUGGAUUCAUUGUCUAGAUGUUCUUCAUGGAAAGUAAGCGGAGGUAAAAGUGCUAGUACAUUUUUUAAAACGCAAGAUGACCGGCUAGUCAUAAAGCAGAUGGUUAAAUCUUGGAAAAUUUCGGAAAGAGAUGCCUUAAUACAAUUUUCUCCAAAGUAUUUUGAAUAUAUGAACAAAUCCACAAAUAAACCAUCUAUAUUAGCAAAAAUAUUUGGAUUUUAUAGCAUAAAAAUUAAAGACAUUAAAAAGAAUAAUAUUAUAAUGAAGAUGGACGUUCUUGUAAUGGAACAAUUAUUCUUUGAAAAAACUAUAACAAGAAAAUUUGACUUGAAAGGGAUACAAGAACGUCAUACAAAGGAACAGCUUGAGGAUGCUACAUUAUGGGAUGGGGAUUGGGUAGAUGGUCGAUAUAAAUCAAAAUUUUUGACAUAUUCUUAUGGCAAUAAACUUCUUAGGGAAGCUAUAGCAAAUGAUACACAAUUCUUAUGUGAUGCAAAUAUUAUGGAUUAUUCAUUACUCCUUGGUGUUGAUGAUAAAAAAAAUGAAAUGAUUGCAGGAAUUGUUGAUUUUAUUGGUGAAUAUACUUUGUAUAAAAAGCUUGAAUCCCGUGGAAAAACGCUUGGCCGCAACGCAAAAGAAGUUACGGUAAUACCGCCAGAUCAAUAUAAAGACAGAUUCCGAGAUUCAAUAGAACAAUAUUUUUUGGCGAUACCAGACAAGUGGACAAAAACAUACGGUGAUAACAAUCCACAAUCAUUGGUUACGGAUGAAAUGUCUCCCAUAGGAUGCACACCACCUUCAUCACCAACUUCAUUUGUACAAAGCUCUACGUUAAUAAAAUUGCCAAGUGUAUUAUAA